UAACCAAGCAACGCCGUCAUUGCCAUGGCAACAGUGUUGGUCUCUGAGGAAGUUUGUAGUGCCCCAAGUUAAGAUGAACAACAAAUAGCUAUACAAAAACAAGGAGUUUUUUUUAUAAAGUCGCGUAUUUAUUUUGAAUAUUUUAUGAUAAUCGUUGCUGAGGCUUCAGUUGCUUCAUAUCUGGCAACUUUACCAAACGUUUAGCUAAAUGGAGCCGGAGCGGACUGAGAGCAAAACAAUGCGAUCUCAGAAACACAACAGCAGCGGUGUCAGCGAUAGAUGGGUGUUUCUCACCCCCAUGGUCAACAGCUGCAAGUUGCACCUUACGACUGUCAAAUCACCAGUACCAGAGGGAGCCCAGAGUGUGACUGACUCUCAAGAUCCUGUAAAAGAGAAAUGCAUUGCCCAAACAAGUAAUCAUUGUAACCCAGAAAACAGGGUGCAUGCGUGCAGCCAGAGAGGACUUGUCCAGACACCACCAUCAUUUGUCAGCGAUCCUACAUAUUCUCCUGUACAUAAUCUAGUUCAACAAGCAGGCGGUGCUCCAAGUAGUUUGGAUGCAUUUUCAUAUGCCGCACAAGAAGCUAGAAACAAAUCCAGGAAACCAGCCAACAAUGCAGGGACCACUUACUACCGUAAUGCCUUAAACCUCCCCAAGCCAACAGAAAACAGGUUGCAUGCGUGCAGCCAGAGAGGACUUGUCCAGACACCUCCUAUGCCAUCAUUUGUCAGCGAUCCUACAUGUUCUCCUGUACAUAAUCUAGUACAACAAGCAGGCGGUGCUCCAAGUAGUUUGGAUGCAUUUUCACAUGCCGCACAAGAAGCUAGAAACAAAUCCAGGAAACCAGCCAACAAUGCAGGGACCACUUACUACCAUAAUGCCUUAAACCUCCCCAAGCCAGCAGGCAGUUCAGGAAGAUAUAGGUACAAUGCAGUCCCUGGUUUUCCCUUCAGUCGUCUGCCUCAUGACAGUUUUGCAUCUAGUUUUCAACGAAUCGACUUGGACAGGCACUGUCUGGAGGAAUGCCCCCAGCUGGGCAUUAUGAAUGGACUACAGCUUCUCAACCUCCAGCACAAUCAAAUCACAAUGAUCCAGCAUCUGUCACAUCUGCAGCAGCUUGUUUUCCUGAACUUGUGUGACAAUCACAUCUCUGAAAUGACUGGAAUUGAGGCUCUAAGCUCUCUUAGGAUCCUUAUGUUGGGGAAAAACAGAAUCAAUAAGAUAUGCUGCCUGGAAAAUCUGUCCAAACUGAAUAUAUUGGAUUUGCAUGACAAUCAGAUCUGCAGGAUAGAAAACAUGUCUCACCUGAGCGAGCUGCGAGUAUUGAACCUGGCAGGAAACAACCUCUCCAGAGUGGAAAAACUGCAGGGCCUGAACUGUUUGGAUGAACUUAACCUACGACACAACUGCAUCUCUGUGGUGACUGAGGUGGACCGCCUGCCCUGCUUGCAGCGACUCUUUCUCAGCUGCAACAACAUUACCAGUUUUGAUCAGCUAGCCUGCCUUGGAGAGUCACGCUCCCUUUCUGAGCUCACCCUGGAUGGGAAUCCUGUAGCCCUGGAGACAUGGUACAAGCAGGCCGUCCUGCGCUGUGUGCUUCAUCUGAGACAGCUGGACAUGAAGCGCAUCACAGACGAGGAUCGGCGCAUGGCUGGUGUACAGGCUCGAAAAGAGGAGGAGAAGAAGAGGGAGAGUCACAAGCAGACCAUUCAUAAGGAGAAACGGCGUCUGGCCAUCCGUAAUGCAGCACAGCAGUGGGAGGGUGUCAGGGCCUGCCUGGAGCUGCCACCAACAAACGGUGCUAAAGAAGAAGUUAGUCCAGAGAACAGCCCCGCCCAUAGCCCCGCCCAGACCAAUGGCCUGGCACAGGACCCUUCUCCAGAUGAACCCAGACGGGUAAGCCCAGGUUCAGGACCAGAGCGACCAUCAGGGGGAACGGAGACAAGACUCCGCACCAACAGCCGUCCAAACAGCCCGCGAGAUCCCAAGCUUGUGGAGACAGGGAGUGGCAGCGUUCAGAGCUUGUCCCUCUCUGACAGUCAUCUGGCGGAGCUGGAUGGAGACACCCUGCGUUUAUUUGGUCUUGGAGCCCUGGAGGCCCUGGAGAGGGGCUGGGGAGUUCAGACUGCUGGGGCUGUCACUGUAAUAACCUUCCGCUACAUCAACUUUGACGCCAUCGUACCAACACUGCCACGAAUAAGGGUCAAGUUCCCUAAUCUAUUGCACCUGAUCUUCUUGGAAACUAACAUCAGCCGUCUGCCCCAACUGGCAGCCCUGGCUCAGGUGAGGCGUUUGGACCAGCUGACCAUUCACCCGGAGGGCAAUCCAGUGGUCAGUCUGGCCCUGUGGCGGUCCUUCGUCAUUUACCGCCUCCACCACUUCAACUUGCAGAGGAUCAAUGGCCAGGAGGUCACGAUGAAUGAUGUGAUUGCUGCAGAGCGUGUGUUUGGGACACUGGGUCAUAUAGCAGCCACCGAAACUCCACGUUGCCGGCUUCUCUUGGUUCUUGAGGAGUCCAGGAAGCGCCAGCUGCAAUUCCUGUUGGAGGGGCGUGGCCGGCGGGCAGGGCUGAGUCCGGAGGAGCUGCGAGACAACGGGAAGCUCCUCGGAGAAAGCUUGAGCAGAGCGCUGUUUAACUACCCAAGCCGAGACUGCAGUGCAGAAAGUCCUGAGGAGGGCAGUGUAGAGUCAUCGGAGCGCGCUACCAUGAUAGAGCAGUACCUCCAGGAGUUGGUCCAAAGGGCAUCAGACACCAAUCUGAAGGGCGAAGCUCUACACAAGCUCUGGCCCUCCAUGUUUGCAGAGAUGGUGAGGGACUGUGUGUUGGAGAUGAGGGACCGAGCGGCCUUCCGCCAAGCUAGCCUUGCAAAGCUCUCUGAGACCAAGUGAAGAGGACCAAAGGUUCACUCUCAGACACACAUGUGCACACAUGGACAUAGCUUGCUUGGGGCUUCAUCUCAAAAACUCCCUAACACAUCUUCACUUAGUGACUUAUCACUGACUAUCAGUUAUUAAAAUCUUUGGAAACUGAAGGGCGUAUUUCCCUUGUCUGUGGGAAGCUCCUUCUUAGGAGGGAUGUAGACUGUUUUAAAGAUGUCUGAAGAAAUUGUCAUGACAGAAGCAUCUUGAUUGAAUGUAGAUUUUCAAUGAAAACACAGUUUGAUUCUUCAGUGGUUGGAGCUGUAACUUACUUGAAGGAAGUCAAAGGGACCCUACAUAGCAUCCUGUGCACUUUAAAAGCCUUCUGAAUGAGCCCUCCUCACCAUUACUGUCAUCAGCUGAAAAUGUCUGGUGUCUCUUUUGUCGAGACUAGAAUGCUUUUUCUGUGUCUUAAAUCUUGAUCGUGCAUCGCUUUCUCACUUUCUCCUGCCUGACAUAAAAAGAAGGGCACAAACAAGGACAUGGACUUUUCUUUGUUUACCACUGAUUUUCUGUAUUGUACUUAGUAUUAAAAGAUUCUGUACUAACACUCAGUUUGUCUACAUGGUUUGCACGAUGGUUUUCUCUACAAAAUCUGGCCACAGGAGUGAAGAAAACAUCUUUCUUUAAUCAGGCAUCAGAUCUGGGUGCAAGUGUUUGCCUGUUCCUGUAACAGUGAGUCCACCUCUGAAGUAUGUUAAUGUUCAAGUUCAUCUCUCCUGGUUCUCUUAGGGAGUUUACGCUUGCAUUGUC